CUCUCAAAUGAAACGUUGCGCGUGUGCGGUGCGUUCGUGAGUGAUUGACAGAAGAUGACGCGCGGAGCUCUGAGCGCAGCGGUGCCCGCGGGCAAAGCCAAACUCACCCAUCCUGGAAAAGCCAUCCUGGCAGGUGGCAUCGCGGGUGGCAUUGAAAUCUGCAUCACUUUUCCUACAGAGUAUGUAAAGACUCAACUACAGUUAGAUGAGAAAGCCAACCCUCCCCGCUACAGAGGCAUCAUGGACUGCGUAACACAGACUGUUCGUCAUCACGGAGGGAAGGGUUUAUAUAGAGGCCUCAGCUCAUUACUGUACGGUUCCAUCCCUAAAUCUGCUGUCAGGUUUGGUGUGUUUGAAAUAUUGAGUAAUCAGAUGAAAGAUGAGUCGGGGAAACUGGACAGCACUCGUGGGUUAGUAUGCGGUUUAGGCGCAGGCGUCAUGGAGGCGGUUCUAGUCGUCUGUCCCAUGGAGACAAUAAAGGUGAAAUUCAUCCAUGAUCAAUCCUCAGCCAAUCCCAAAUAUCGAGGUUUUUUUCAUGGAGUGCAAGAGAUCGUCAGAACUCAAGGAAUCAGGGGGACGUAUCAAGGCCUCACAGCCACAAUCCUUAAACAAGGAUCCAAUCAGGCGAUCCGAUUCUUUGUCAUGACCUCUCUCAGAAACUGGUACAAAGGUGAUAACCCCAACAAGUCCAUCAACCCCAUGGUGACAGGUGCGUUCGGUGCGAUCGCUGGGGCAGCUAGUGUGUUUGGAAACACGCCUCUGGACGUCAUCAAGACCAGAAUGCAGGGUUUGGAAGCUCACAAGUAUAAAAACACAAUGGACUGUGCCGUGAAGAUCAUGAAACAUGAAGGGCCAGCUGCGUUCUACAAGGGCACGGUUCCUCGUCUGGGCAGAGUGUGUUUAGACGUGGCCAUAGUCUUUAUCAUCUAUGAGGAAGUCGUGAAGGUCCUGAACAAAGUCUGGAAAACAGAGUGAAAAAAUAAAGACCAGAGAGAAAAGAGGAGAAGAUCACAUGAGACGCGAUCACUGUGUGAAAAAUACGUGUCAAUAACAGUACAGUACACAGGCCUCAGUUAGCACAGUCAGCUGUUUACUUUAAUUUCAGUUCAGUUUUAUUCAUUUUUCACCUUCAGCAUCUCUUCUUAUUAAACUUGCAUUGAAAUAUGCACAUAAUAAUAAAAUAUUUUCAUUUUUUAUUUCUUAAAGAGGCUCAUCAGUAGCUGUAAAAAAUAGACACGAUUUAAGAGUGCCAAAUUUAACACAUUCAGUGUUUGUUCAUAAAUAUAUUUUUUAACAGCUAAAUUUAACACACCUGUUAUUACUACAUUGCUACAUACCCCCUAUACAUAGAAUGUAUAGAAAAUAGUAAAAAUAGUAACGUUUUUAAAGGAUUAGUUCACCCAAAAAUGAAAAUUCAGUCAUUGUUUACUGAACAAUGGGAGUAAGGGAGAAAUUGUGAAUGAAUGUUGUGCUCAGUGAUGUCAUACAAUGGCAGUUUAUGGUGACCACCUCUUCAAGCUUCAAAAGAACACAAAAGUGGGGGGGCCUGGGUAGCUCAGUGGUAAAGACGCUGACUACCACCCCUGGAGCUUGCUAGUUCGCUAGUUCAAAUCCAGGGCGUGCUGAGUGACUCCAGCCAGGUCUCCUAAGCAACCAAAUUGGCCCGGUUGCUAGGGAGGUUAGAGUCACAUGGGGUAACCUCCUCGUGGUCGCUAUAAUGUGGUUCGUUCUCGGUGGGGCGCAUGGUGAGUUGAGCGUGGUUGCCGUGGUGGAUGGCUUGAAGCUUCCACACACACUAUGUCUCCAUGGCAACACGCUCAACAAGCCACGUGAUAAGAUGCGCGGGUUGACAGUCUCAGAUGCGGAGGCAAAUCACUACACGACCACGAGGACUUAAAAGCACAUUGGGAAUUGGGCAUUCCAAAUUGGGAGAAAAAAAACAAGAACACAAAAGUAUAAUUCAGAAGACAAACUGAAAUCUAAUGUAUUAUUUCGUGAAAAUGUUCACUGACCAUUGAGCUCCGGUGUACGUUCAUUCAACUUGACAUGAGAGCAAGUUCACGUAGCCCCCUCAUGACAUUGGGGCGUUCAAGCGAAAACACAUUUUAUU